UCUAUAGUGAAGAUUUGACAGAUUCAAAAGUCAAAACAAAAAGACCAAAAACUAUUAUAGGUUAUAUUUUCAUUUAAUACUUUCUUUUCCAUAUUUAGUGUAAAUAUUGUAGCCUUAAUGUUAGGGGGUAUCGUUUUAGGUAGGUAGUGAUAGUGGCGUUUGUCAACCAGAUAAGUGCGUCUCAAGAAACAGCAGAAAAAAUGGCACAUAAAUUACCGUCAAAAAUGAAGGCUGUUGGUCUUUAUAAAUAUUUACCAAUCACUGAUACGAAUAGUCUUCUCGAUUUAGAACUGAGCUUGCCAGAACUGCGGAAGAGAGAUGUUUUGGUCAAGGUAAAAGCGACUGCUGUUAAUCCCAUUGACACCAAACAACGCGCCCCGAAGCCUAAUGUUGAAACAAAUCCAAGAAUUUUAGGAUGGGACGGUGCUGGGGUGAUAGUGGCGAAAGCAAUGAACGCCGCAUUAUACAACGUAGGUGAUGAAGUAUUUUUCACAGGAAACCUAGGAAGAAAUGGUUCUAAUGCAGAAUACAUAGCUCUUGAUGAAGUUCAUGUGGCACGAAAACCGACAAAUCUGACAUUCGAACAAGCCGCUGCUAUGCCGUUAACAAGUGUAACCGCUUACGAGUCCUUAUACGACCGUCUAUUGAUAUCCGACAAAGACAGAGGGAAAUCAAUCUUGAUUAUAAACAGCGCUGGUGGUGUGGGUUCCGUAGCUUCACAAUUGGCAAAACGUUUGGGACUCAAAGUUAUUGGAACUGCAUCUCGAUCAGAAACCAAAGCAUUUUUACUUGAUAAUGGGGCUGACAUAGUACUCAAUCAUACUCAAAAUUUGUUGCCGCAGUUAGAAGCUAAUGGAUAUGGUAAUGGACUAGAUUAUAUUCUAGUUAAUUAUGACCCUUAUCCAUACUGGGAUACACUAAUGAAAGCAAUCAAACCCCAAGGAAAGAUAUGUUUGAUAGUUGACAGCAGUGGUUUAGUUGACAUAAAGCCACUAAAAGAGAAAAGUAUUACUCUGGUUUCAGAACAGAUGGGCACAAGGAUCAAAUAUCAAACAGAAGAUAUAUCUCGACAUCAAGAAAUUUUACAAACAAUUUCACAGAUGCUUGAAAAAGGAGAAUUGAAAUGUACUCUUACAAAAGUCAUGAAACCAAUUAAUGCAGCAAAUUUAAGAGAAGCUCAUAGACUUUUGGAAGAACAACAUUUAAUUGGGAAACUGGUUUUGUCUGGAUUUUAAGAAAGAAAUUUUGGCUAUUGUGCUUUAUAUGAACAACAUAACACAUAAUAAUCGAAUAAUAUUCUUAUAAUGUUUAAGAAAUAUAUGAAAAUAAAUAAAACAUGAAAUAAA